GUGUCAGAAAAUGUUAUGGCAGUAUCUCAUUUUAUUUUUUAGUACAAGAAUAGACUUUUUGGAAUGAAAACUGAUUUGGUCUUAAGGGCCAAUACAGUCGUCCUACUCAAAAUGUAUAUAUGUCAACUGACUGGUGGGGUGAGGGGUGAAUAGGGAAAGAGAAAGAGAGACUGCAUUAGCUGUGACCUUGUACACUGCUUGUGAUGGAAGACAUUGUGACAUGUUGCCUGAAAAUACACAAAACCUUGCUGGUAUUGGCAGCGUGGGUAGUUUAAUGCAAUUUUUUGUCAAUUUGAUGAUUGUAAAUAUUGAUUCAUUCCUCCUUUGUUCAACCCAAACAUGAAGGAAUGGGCCUCUAGGUAUUUGGAGAGCCGCAUUCCUCUCUGAACCACCGGCAAAAAAGCAGCCGACAUUCAUUGAUUGAAAAUGAAGGUACGCUCGUUGGGAAUGCGCUUCAAGUGGAUGUGAAAGGAUGCCAUGAAAGCUUCGGCCUUGGAAUGUGAAAAGGUAACUCUGAAUGAGAAGAAAAGAAAUAUCAGGUGGAUCAAGAGUUGAUGCUGCAGAAGCUCAAGAGGGAAAAAGACAUGAAGUCAUUGUUUUUAUAUAUUUAUUUAUUUUGCUAUGCUGAUGUGAGUGAGUCACAAUGAUUCUGAAUGGCUGGUCGGGUUUAUAAGGGUGGCUUCUCUCCCUCACCAGUCACACAUGCACGUGGGGCAAAGUCUGACUUGUCCUGUCAGCUUGAUUGAGUUGCUACCUUGAAGGGCACUGAGACGCCUCUUCAUCAUGAAAUCUUCCUUUCUACUGCUCUUCUUCCUGCUCUGGGUGUCUCUCGGGUCUUCGGCCGUCAUCACAGGGGCAUGUGAGAAGGACUCCAAGUGUGGAGGAUUAAUGUGCUGCGCUGUGAGUUUGUGGUUUCGCAGCCUGCGAAUGUGUACGCUGAUGGGAACGGAAGGAGAUGACUGUCACCCCAUGAGCCACGAUGUUCCUUUCAUUGGCAAAAGACUUCAUCACACUUGCCCGUGUCUACCCAACCUGUCGUGCAUCACUCUGGACAAGGGACAAUCCAAAUGUCUCCCGUCAUAUGAAAGAGAUCAGGACUACAUCUGACGGGCAAUGAUUGCAAAUGAUUUGCCGCUGUUCAUGUAUUCCUUCAAAUAUCAAUAACAAUGAGCGAUGUAUAUUUGAUACGGCGGCAAUGGUGACCAUGUCUACCUCACACUUCUGAGGUUGAGGGUUCAAUUCUCCACUCCGGCUGAAUAUCCAUGUUUUGUUCUUGUGUUUCAUAUCAAGGAUUAGAAAGUAUGUUGUGAUUUAGCCUUGAUUUACAUGGCAGAUGCAAGUACGUAAUUCCAAAUUAUUCCCUUUGACUGAUUUUAUUUAUUUUGUCCAUUUGCAUGAACAAGAGGCACAUUUCCAAUACGAGUUAAUAAAAAUGCUUGAAAU